AUGGCGGCUUGUACGCACUUAAGUUGUACACUAAAUGACCUCCGCUUCGAAAGAGCCAAGUUUGUGCGAGGGGAACUGUUUCCUUCCCCGCCGCGUGGAAGGAACUCUGCGGCACCCCCUGGGAAGAACCGGUUCCGAAGGCCGCCGCCGCAGCCCCCGCAGCAGUUUCCCCAGUUCCAUGUCAAGUCGAGCCUGCAGAUCAAGAAGAACGCCAUCAUCGACGACUACAAGGUCACCACCCAGGUCCUGGGACUGGGCAUCAACGGGAAAGUUUUGCAGAUCUUCAAUAAGAGGACCCAGGAGAAAUUCGCCCUAAAAAUGCUUCAGGAUUGCCCCAAGGCCCGCCGGGAGGUGGAGCUGCACUGGCGGGCCUCGCAGUGCCCCCACAUCGUGCGGAUUGUGGAUGUAUACGAGAACUUGUAUGCGGGCAGGAAGUGCCUGCUAAUCGUCAUGGAGUGUUUGGAUGGUGGAGAACUCUUUAGCCGAAUCCAGGACCGAGGAGACCAAGCGUUCACAGAAAGAGAAGCAUCAGAAAUCAUGAAGAGCAUUGGGGAGGCCAUCCAGUAUUUGCACUCAAUCAACAUUGCUCAUCGGGAUGUCAAGCCUGAAAAUCUCCUAUACACCUCCAAAAGGCCCAACGCCAUCCUGAAACUCACAGAUUUUGGCUUUGCCAAGGAAACCACCAGCCACAACUCUUUGACCACUCCUUGUUAUACGCCGUACUAUGUGGCUCCAGAAGUGCUGGGUCCCGAGAAGUAUGACAAGUCCUGUGACAUGUGGUCCUUGGGUGUCAUCAUGUACAUCCUGCUGUGUGGGUAUCCCCCCUUCUAUUCCAAUCACGGUCUUGCCAUCUCUCCGGGCAUGAAGAGUCGCAUCCGAAUGGGCCAGUAUGAGUUCCCCAACCCAGAAUGGUCAGAAGUAUCGGAGGAAGUAAAGAUGCUCAUCCGGAACCUGCUGAAAACAGAGCCCACUCAGAGAAUGACCAUCACGGAGUUUAUGAACCACCCCUGGAUCAUGCAAUCAACAAAGGUCCCUCAAACCCCACUGCACACCAGCCGGGUCCUGAAGGAGGACAAGGAGCGGUGGGAGGACGUCAAGGAGGAGAUGACCAGUGCCUUGGCCACAAUGCGUGUCGACUAUGAACAGAUCAAGAUAAAGAAGAUUGAAGAUGCAUCCAAUCCUCUCCUUCUGAAGAGGCGGAAGAAAGCUCGGGCCCUGGAGGCCGCGGCCCUUGCUCACUGAGCCUCUAAGCCCGUCCCGCUCCACUGGAGGACAAGCAAUAACUCUCGAGCUGAAUAUAUUUUUUAAACGAAGAGACACAGAACUGUCCACUUCCACCUCGCCUCCUCCUUGGCGGCAUGGAGCCCAGAACCCCGUCAGAGGCUGCAACCUGCCCUUGGUUCCCACCACCUCCGAGAGGGAGAGGCUGGGAGGCUGGGAGGCGAGGGGCCGUGUGGAGAGAAGGGGGCAAGAUGCUCUUGAACCCGUGCUCAUGUUGCAAUUUUAUCCAUAAUUUGACUUAGAAUUUUUAUGAAACUUCUUUUAUUGUUUUUCCCCCCACUCUGCCUCCUCUUACCCAGACCCCUUCCUCUCUGGAUGUGCAAGGCUUUGGGGUUGGUGCAAGGGUGUGUUGUGGAAACUGUUAUAGGGACUGUCCCUGUGUUGUCCCACAUGCCCUGUCUUUCCCCACGACAGCCUGAGGCCCCUGCUGGCCAAGGCAUUCUCAGAGCUCAAGGCCCUGCGUGGGGGGAGGGGGCAGGCCAGGAAGCCACCCACCUCUGUUGGAGCCCUCAGACGUCACCCACAUGCCAGAUGGACAGAGGCGAGUGUGACUGUGUGCGCGUGCGUAUGUGUGCCCACAUCUUUGUCUGGGACUGUGCGUUUGAGGGGCCAGGGGCAGGCAGGGCUGCAGAGAGAGGGGCCUUGCUGUGGCUCAAGAACCUUACCCCUCCUUGGGCCUGUGUGCCUGUGUGGGGUCUGCCGGAGUGCCUGAGAAACCUAUGCAGACUCUGAGCCAGGCCCCCUGGGGCCUGCCCGUUCGCUGCUUCUGGGAGGCAGAGGGGAGUGACUUAGGCACUGGCACAGCGAUCAGGAAGACUGGACCCCCCCCGCCCAGCCCCCUACUCCCCAUUCAGUGCCAGUCCUAGUUCUCUGAGGCGCUCAUCUACCAGGUAGCCUCUCUCCUCCUUCCUGCCGUUAUUAACCGUUUCUUGUUGAUCUUUCCUACAUUUUUAGCCACUUCUUACCAGGCCUCCUCUUUGCUCAUGGCGGGGAGCCCGGGCAGUUUAGAAGUGACACAGAGCUUCUGCAUUUUGCCGUCUCUCCUGGGCUCCGGAGGCAUUGGCCAGUUACCCAUUGUGGGCAAAGGCGACACCACUUGUGUGGUCCUGCAAAUUUCCACUGUGGCCUAGUGGGUGGGUGGGGGAGUCUUCACACCAAAGAUGUCCCGACUCUGCCCCUUCCCCAUUAGCCACUUCACCUCCACCCCAAACAACUCAGCUUUGUGCGUCCAGGCCAGUGAGGGGGAGGCCGGGAGGGCCCCCCCCUGCUAUCAGUGAGCAACAUGGGGAGAAGUCCUCCGUGCCAGGGUCUUUUUGGGGCAGGGGUGGCACUGACGCUUCAGCUCUCAUCUCCCCUGGGAGUGAGUUGCUGGAGGAGCAGUCUGGAUCUUCUCUGUGUGUGGGGGAAGGGCUCCGAGUGCCCACAGUGCCUCCCUGUCUCUGAUGGUGUGUCCAGCACUCAGAUUGUUGUAAACCGUUGUUGUUUUGUAUGAGCGAAAUUGUCUUUACUAAACAGAUUUAAUAGUUGAAA